AUGGAAACAAUUGUAAAGUAUGAACUUUUCCAGGUGUGCCAACCUAACCUUGUCACCCCAGAAUAUGUUGUUUGGAGAAGCGAGCGAGUUAACGGCGGCAUUGUGUUACCAUUUGCUGUGACCGAAGCUUUUAACGUUUUCUUCCGGUUACCUUCAGAAGCUGAGAUUGUCAGGCAGGAAUUUUAUACUAAGCGAAGAGAAUGGGAACGGGAAAAGGAAGAGCUUCAGAGACAAGUGUUUGAGCUUCAGUUGGAUGUACAAGGGAUGGGUGAUCACCUUACAGUAGCUGCAAAAAGACAAACAAGGCUGGCUCUUAUUGAGGAUGAGAAACCUUUCGGGGAUCGGGAAGAUACAACCAAGUUUGUUCAGUGCGAAGCCGAAGACGGAUCAAGCAAGGUCUUUCAGAACCUCUGCUUUAGGCCUUUUCAAGUAAAGUCCGAGACGAAACUCCCAAUCCCUACUUCGCGAAAUAAGAGCAUCUUUGAUGCCGUUGGCCGAGUUUCUUCAAAACCUGUAUUUCAGGUCUCGCAGAGCCUCAAGCGGAAAUAUCAUAUCAUAAGAGAGAGAAGAAUUCACUACGCGAAAGAACAGAAAAAUAAACCUGUCCAAGAUUAG